GAAGAUUUGAACCGAGAGGGGCGCGCGCACACAGUGGACUUUUUUCCCAAAGUCUCUUCUUUUCCGCUGCAACCUUUGCGUGUUACCAGCAAAACAGACGUCACCAUGUCGGCUCACUUGAACUGGAUGAUCAUCCGCAACAACAAUGCCUUCCUUUUGAAGAAGCGCAACAUCAACAAGCCUUUCUCAACGGAAGCCAAUAACCUGACCAACUUGAGCAGCUACCGUUACUCUGGUUUGAUCCACAAGAAGAGCGUUGGUAUUGUUGAUACCCCAGACAAAAAGGGAUUCACCGUUGUCUACAAAAAGGCAAAGAAUGUCAACAAGCCAGCCAAGUCCACAGUCAAGAGGACCAUGAAGGCCGGUCCCCGCAGAUCCCUUUACAAAUUAAAGAAUCUGCUCCAGAAGAACAAGUACCGUCGUGAUUUGACCAAGGUUGCCCUUCGCAGAGCCAGCGCUGUAUUGCGCUCCCAGAAGCCUUUGCCAGCCAAGAAAAUGAAGGCUGCAAAAAAAACCGAAUAGACUUAAAAUAAAAUAAAUCUUUUUAUUCGUAA